CGCGCUUCCACUGUUAUAACUUAUCUCCCUCGUAAUAUCUUCAUUGUGCGUGAUCGGCUGAACCACAUCUUCCUCGGCUACUAUUGGACUAAUCCCUCAGGGACUACAGGUAAUUGUUCAUUUUAAAUAUCAUCGAUCCAGAAGGCUCCAUGCUUUUAGACGCGGGUUCGCUCCCCCGGUCUAUCCAUACUGCGUAUCCCCGAAAGACUCAGUCCACGCCUUCGCAGAUAUCUGAUCAAAUCGGUUACUUUACAAAUCACCAAUCAUGAUCCGAAGCAAACCCGCUGAGGCACAGAACACAGCAAGUGUGGAGCACCGAAACUUAAACGGUCUAUGGUCAUGUCGCUUUUGCUUCUCCGAUUUUCAGCGAUACGAUCAUCUCAAACGCCAUAUAGGUACACACACAUCAGAAAGACCUUAUCAAUGUGAGUUUUGUGGCUCGCCAUAUAAACGAGGGGAUGCCUUGCGGCGCCACUGGAAGUCAUGUUCCGCUCGGAUAGAAUCUGGCCAGUGUAUCCCAGAACCACGCCAUGGUGGCAAAGAAAAGCACGCGUGCGAUGGCUGUGCAAAAGCAAAAAAGUCAUGUAGUGGAGAGCUUCCGUGCUCGGAGUGUUGCAUCCGCAGUCGAAUAUGCACUUACCAGCGCCUCCAUCAAGGUGAGGAAGUGACCUUGCAAGGUGGAUCCAGCGACUCGAGUCAGGAACAAAGCCAACCGAGCGACAACCAUAGCGUGAACCAUUCGACCUGGGACCUUGGGCUCCAGACGUUCUAUCCAGGCAGAGACGCUUGGUUUGAAGCCUACGGCCGUUUAGUUAGCUCAGGGAGAGUAUCAUCUAUGCCGAACCCUGGACGGCUUCAAUAGCGUACGUUGCUUACGAACAAUGCUUGGGUUUGCCCGAGAGAACAGGGUUAUUCGAAUCUU